UCCCUCUCUCUCUCAUUCACUCACUCACUCACGACUACACAAUAAAUGGAUCUUUGCGAAAAAAAUGCAAGAGAGACGUGCGAUAGAAGAGGGGAGGAGGAGGAGAAGAGAAAGAGCAAGGGAGGGGGAAACGGCGUAUGCUUGUAUACAACAACCCCGAUUUCCAUUUUUUUCCCUAACUCGUAAUGUAUUUAAUUCAAGUGAAACGUAAUCAUGACGUGUCUUGUCAUUAAUCUCAUCGUCGCCUCUCCCGGAAUUCAAAGAGGUGGUCACAGAGAUCACCAUCCUAGAAGAGUAUCCUUGCUCAACCUGACAACCGGAGCAUGGCUUACACUCUUAACUGAGUAUGGAUUCGCCUCCGGAGUGUGUGCUGGCUCUGUCCUGUGAGCCCCCCCUCUCUCCUCCGGCGAUGCCCUCCCUGGACCACAGCCCGCUAGCAGCCGCCGAGUCCAGCCCGCAGUCCUCCACCGCCCCCAGCCCGCAAGCCCCCAAGGACGGCUCCCUCUCGCCCUUCCCUUGCCUCCGCAACCACCAGCUGGACGCGGCGGUCAACGGGGAGGCCUUCGGAGACGAGGUGGAGGGGCUGGACGAGGAGGAAGAGGAAGAGGAGGAGGAAGAGGAGAUGUCCGCGCCACCUUCUCCCACGCCGGCUGUGGCGCUGUUCCCCGGGGAGGGGGCCAGUGCGGUCGCAGGGCCCCCCCCACCGAGGGAGUCCCCCCCGGGCACUCCGCCAUCCGUUUCCUCCGUGACGGGCUUCGUGGCGCUGGAGAUGGCCCUGUCGGCGGCGUCAUCGGCGACCGCGCCGGGGGCUCCCUGCGGGGAGGACGACGACGCCGCCGGUGAGCUGGACCUGCAGCUGUUCCGUCGGGACGGCGCGGUGACGUCUACUGCGGCAGUGCCCUCCGCAACGCCAGGGGGCGCCGCGCUGCGCUUCCCGUGCGGCGUGUGCGGCAAGCGCUUCCGUUUCCAGAGCAUCCUGUCGCUGCACGCCCGCGCCCACCGACUGGACCGCCAGCGCCGGGCCACCGUGCUCUACCAUGCCGGACGAGACGCCUGCAAGCCGACCGCCGGGCAGGACAAACCGCAGGAACGGAGCCUGGUGACGACCCCGGAGUGUGCCGUGGAUCAAAGUCUCAAGCAGACUCUGGAUGGACAUCUAGAUGGAAGUCUAGAUGGACGAAGCCCUGAUGCUUGUCUGGACAUCAGUCUGGACAUCAGUCCAGACCGAAGGAGGAACAGAAGGAAAAGAACUAUGGAUCGAAAACUAGAGCCACGUCUGGACCACAGAGUGACCAGUCCAGAACCGAGUUUGGAGUUGAGCCCAGUCGAGACAAUCCACCAUGAAGAUUCCCUCCAGACUGCCUUCAGCCCUCACUUCCUGUCUGACCCCUUUCAGAACCCCUCCCUAACCCCUCCCCCGACCAAAGAGGCACCAAUCACAGCUGCCUUCACCCCGUUGCUCCCCUCCCACUUGGAAGACCCCGCCCAGAUGACAAUGGCCGCCACUGCUGCCGCGGCAACAGUCGCCGCCACUUCCUUCCGUUGCAACGAGUGCAAAGGAAAGUUCCGCACAGCGUCCGAGCUGGCGCGUCACACGCGCAUCCUGCACAACCCCUACAAGUGCACGCUGUGCCCCUUCUCUGCCAGCCAGGAGGAGCGCCUUGCCGCCCAUCUCCUGGACAGCCACCCGGCUCCCUCCACCAAACCACGCGACCACCAUGUGGCCCAACCUACGCCAAGGACAACAUCAACGCUCCCCUUCUCCCCCCAGCAGACUCGAGAGAAUCCCACCCCGCCCAACACGCCUGUCGCCAUCACGGCUCUCAACGCCAGUCCCAACGCUGGCACCAAGGCCAGUGCCAAGGCUAGUGCCAACGUCAGUGCUGUCAUCUCCCAGGGCAGUGGGGCUGCCCCGCUGCCCGCCUUCCGGUGCGAGACGUGCGGUCAGCGCUUCACACAGUCCUGGUUCCUGAAGGGUCACAUGCGCAAGCACAAGGACUCGUUGGAUCACAAGUGCCAGGUGUGCGGCCGCGGCUUCAAAGAGCCUUGGUUCCUCAAGAACCACAUGAAGGUGCAUCUCAACAAGCUGGGCCUGAAGGCCGGCCUAGCCGGGCUGGGCCUCGGACCCACGCCGGGGGUGGCCGAUGGGCCGACAGGCAAGUCCUCCGGUGGGGGUGGGGGGAACAGGGGCAGGAAUCAGUCCCUGAGCGCCCUCUACUCCAGCCUCCUGCUGGCUCGCGCCGGUGGAGGGGGUGGCACUUUUGGAGGUGGAGCAGGUGGUGGAGCAGGGUCUGGAAGCCGGGCAGAACGCGAGCUGGCCGCGGCUGUGGCGGCGGCCGCCGCCGGUUCCGGCUCUGGCAAGGCCUCCCUCCUGAGCUACCUGGGCCUGCCGGGGGCCGAGGGCGCCAGCUGUGUGGAGAGGCUGCAGGCCGUGGCCCAGGUGGCCGAGAUGGGCAACGGCGAGCGCCGCGAGAGGGAGCGCGAGCGGGAGAGAGAAAGAGAGAGGGCCCGGGAAGAGCGCGGAGGCCCCGAGGCGACCCACGGCGCCGGCGGCGACGCAGCAGACCAGGCGGUCAUGUGGCAACUGGUGGCCCGAAGCCUGGCGGCAGCACAGCACAGCCACCAGCAGCAGCAGCAGCAGCAGCAGCAGCAGAAGUCCCGGUCCAGACCCCACCAGCCCCACCAGCCGCUCCCCCAGCCCAGAGGCUCCGUGGCCGGGGAGGCUGAGCAGCUGCGGGCCUACCUGGGGGGCCUGGGAGGCCCCGGGACCACCACGGGCGGCAGUGCUGGGAGGGAGAGGGACGACCACAGCCACAUCUCGGCCGGCUCCGGCUCUUCCGGCCUGGGCGCGUCCGAGGCCUCGCUGGGCGGCCCCUGGGAGUGCCCCGACUGCGGGAAGCUGUUCCGCAGCCUACAGCAGGUGGUGGCCCACGCCCGCGUCCACCUGCAGAAGCCCCACAAGGGCCACCGGCGGGAGGAUGACGGCACUCUCCACGGAGGAGGAGGAGGAGGAGGAGGAGGAGGAGGAGGAGAGGGUGGUGUGCGGAGAGGAGGGAGUAACAGCAGCGGUGGCGGCAGCACCAACAGCAGCAGUGAGAAGCGGACGGAGCCCAAGCUGAGCCAGAGCAGAACCGGGAUGGCAGGAGGGUUCCAUUCCCUCUUAUCGCCUUUCUCCGGUGAAAACGGUCUACAGGGAGCAGCAGCAGGAAGUUCCCUGGCCUCAAGAGAACGUGUGCGGGGCAAGGGCAUGAAAGACUGCCCCUACUGCGGUAAAGCCUUCCGCUCCUCACACCACCUCAAAGUCCACCUCCGCGUCCACACAGGCGAGCGUCCGUACAAGUGCCCCCACUGCGACUACGCCGGGACCCAGUCCGGCUCGCUCAAGUACCAUCUGCAGCGUCACCACCGGGAGCAGCAACGCAACGCCCUGGCGUCGUCCUCGCCGGGACUGCCCACCUCGCCGCUUGCGCCGCCACCGCGCACCAGCGAGGCCUCGAACUCGCCCAAGCAGCGUCUGGCCCAGUCCUUCGCCCAGCUGGGCGCGUUCGGGAGGUCCGGCGCAGCAGCAGCAGCAGCAGUAGCAGCAACCACGACGACCACCGAUGCUCCGACGGCCACCUCCAGGCACAGCCAGGCCUGGGCACGAGGGAGCCAGGAAGCGAAGGGUCGGAAAGGGUCAGCAGCGGCAGCAGCAGCGGCUACUGCUGCCGCUUUGAGAGAGAGCGACCUGGAGAGCCAAUACUACUUCCUGUCCGGUGUGGUGGGGGCGUUCUACCAGGGCGGGAUGCCCGAGGCCGGCUGGGCAGGUGAACUGGGUGGCGGCGGUGGUGGUGGUGGUGGGCCCCCGCCAGCCAAGGUGCCCAAGGUGUCGCGCCGCAAGCCACUCACGACCAGCCGCAUGGUGCCCGCCAAUGGGCACGGAGGAGGAGGAGGAGGAGGAGGAGGUGGGAUGGCGCUGUCGUCCUCGUCCUCUCCCUCUCCGCCGCCACGUGGCCGCACGCUGGAGGGGGGCUUCGAGCCGCUGGACCUGUCAUCUCGACGGAGCGCUCCCGAGUUUGGCGGAGGAGUGCUGGAGAUGGACGGAGGUGAACGGAGGAGGAGGAGGAGGGAGGCAUCGGGAGGAGAGAGAGGACGAGGAGGAGGAGGAGGAGCAGGAGGAGGAGAAGGAGAGGGAGGUGCCGUGACACUCUCCCAGUGUCUCUUCUGUCCGUUCCGAACCUCCUCCGCCGAGCUGAUGGCCAUGCACCUGCAGGUCAACCACACCAGCAAGUCCCGACGCAAGCGCAGCCCCCCACUGGCACUGUCCGCCACUGCCCCUGCCACCUCCCCUGCCCCUCCCUCCGCCACCUCCAGCGCGCCCGCCAUUGUCUCCGAAUCCGACCCGCUGGCUCUCUGGAGGUACAUCAGCGGGCAGGACGAGGUGCCAUCUGUGCCCGCCUUCCGGGGAGAUCAGGCAUACUUCAGCACCAGGGCACGGCCAAGGGAGAAUGGCAUGAGCCUGGAGGAGGAGGAGGAGGAGGAGGAGGACGAGGAGGAAGAGGAGGAGGACGAGGAGCAGGAGGAAGAGAGUCUUCUCCAGCGCGAGGUGGACGAAGACGGAGAUUUGGUGAGUGACGCGUACGAGCCUCCGGUUGGUUCAACUCUCCGCGAGAAAGAGGAAGAGAGAGAGAUGGAUGAAGAAGAAGAAGAAGAGGAGGAAGAAGAAGAGGAGGAGGAGGAUGAAGAGAACGAGAGAAAGGGGAGGGAUGAGAGGAGCGAGAGAAUGGAGAGACUGGAGGCUCUCCGCAAGGCUCUCUCUGGGCGUUCUCCAGGGAGCAGGGCUGAGGCCUCACCCAGGAGGGAAGAGGGUUUGGUGGGGGACUGAGGCCCGGGGAGGGGGGCUGACGUGGGUCUGGGCACGGAGGCAAGGUCUUCAGCACAGACGCACUAGAGCGCAUGAAGGAAGAGUAAACAUCGAUUUCAUGCUGUCUGUGAGUCUCAACCUCUGUCAUAAUCUCAAGCCUCCACCCUCCACUCACAGAGUGACCCAACUUACCUGACCCACCACCAUCACCACCACCACCACCACCGCCACCACCAACACACCUUCCCACGUUAACCACGGCAUAGUGAUCUGAUAUGCUCCCACCUGAUCACAGUGUGGUGACCCACUCUCAGAGUAAACUUCAUCCCAAGACCCAGAACAAAAUCCAGACCUGAACCAUACCCUCAACCUGCAUCAUGAUUCAUGAUGGCCUUUUUGACCUCACAGACGAACCCAUUUAUGUCCAAGUAUUCCACUACACACCCACAGACACCCACAGACACCCACACACACACACACACACAAACACACACAGAGGAGGACACCCACAGUCUCACUCAUGUACAUACAAACUCCCGGAGACACACACUCUAGUGUAAGCUUGCCUGCCUCAGACGUAGAGGGGGCCCUCUCAGUGACACUGUCUGUAUAUUAGUAUCUGAGUAUGGACUGCCUCUACCAUGUUUUCCCCUUCAUUUGGAAAGUGAAUGAGGGAGAGAGGAAGGAAGGAGAGAGAGAGAGAUUGUGUGUGUGUGUGUGUUUGUGUGUGUGUGUGUGUGUGUGUGUGUGUGUGUCCUACAGAAGCAAAAACAAAUGCAAAAAAAGAGAGAUUUAUAUAAAUAUAUAAUCCAUGGACGGUACUUUCCUCUGAAGUGUGCUGGGUCUGUAUGGACUCGUCUGCCUUGUCUCCUCCUCUGUGACUAAGCAAUGAUUUUAUGUUCCUCUCAGCACCUGUGGAUAUGGAUGUCCACAACAAAGGGUAAAUACUCCAUGCAGUCCAGCAGAUUUGACCUCAUCUCUCCUGACAUGACAAGCAGGAAUGAUGCAACCACUAUAUCACAUACUCACUUUCUCUCUCUCUCUCUCUCUCUCUCUCUCUCUCUUUUCUUCUUUCUCUCUCUCUCUCUCUGUAUGUCUACCUGUCUAUCUCUC